GCGGCAGUGGCUGUCGACCCUCGCCUGCAAGCUCUGUAUGCGGCGGAGGAGAGCCUGGUCGGCAUCGACCAGCCGAGAGAUGACCUCAUAAUGCUGCUAACCGCCGGAGGAUGGGAGCCGCCGACGGCGAGCAACCUCAAGGUGGUCUCCAUAGUUGGAUUCGGAGGGUUAGGAAAGACUACUCUCGCCAACGCGGUGCACCGUAAGCUGGUACAGGAGUUCGACUGCCGGGUCUUCGUAUCAGUGUCACAAAACCCUGACAUAACAAAGCUUCUAAGCAAGAUUUUAGUCGACGAACUCAAGGGGAGAACUUCAUCAAUUUACAGCGAUGUGCGUGACAUAAUUAACGAUAUUAGAAGCCAUCUGCUACACAAGAGGUACCUUGUUAUCAUUGAUGAUUUGUGGGAGACAUCAGUAUGGGAUGUUCUAAAGUGUGCAUUUCCAGAUAAUAAUUGCGGAAGCAGAGUGAUAACAACUACGCGAGUUGAGAGCGUGGCUAAAACAUGCUGCAACUAUCAGGUCGAAUGCAUUUACAAAAUGAAUCCUCUUAACGAUGAAGACUCAAGAAUACUAUUUUUUAACAGAAUAUUUGGCCCUGGAGUUGCUUGCCCUAGUGAGCUCAAAGAUGUUUCAUCAAAAAUUUUAGAAAAGUGCGGAGGUUUGCCACUUGCCAUUAUUACCAUUGCUAGUCUUUUAGCUAGCCAAGCAGGCAAGGUGAAGGAAGAAUGGGAGCAUGUCCAGAAUUCACUUGGCUCAAAGUUGGGAAUUGAUCCUACAGUGGAGGGAAUGCGGCAGAUCCUGAACCUCAGUUACAGGAAUCUUCCUCCUCACCUCAAGACAUGUUUUCUCUACCUUGGGGCAUACCCAGAGGAUUGCAUAAUCUGGAAGGACGAUUUGGUCAGGCAAUGGAUAGCUGAAGGCUUUGUGAGCCGGACGCUUCAACCGGUAAUGGAUGUCGCUGGGUACUAUUUCAAUGAGCUCAUCAACAGAAGCCUGAUUCAGCCUGUGGAGAUCGGCUACAAUGACGAGGUGCUGUGCUGCAGGGUGCACGAUAUGAUGCUCGAUCUCAUCAUUCGCAAGUAUUGCGCGGAAGAGAAGUUCAUGACCAUGCUACGUGCAUCCCAGGGGAUAAGAGGGUACACUCACAAUGUCCGUCGGCUUGUCAACCACUUGGACUCUGAAAGCCAACUUGCAAAUUUUGCAAUACCUGCCACCAUUGAUCUGUCCAAAGUUCGAUCUCUGGCAACAAUUGUGAGCCCACAACAGACUCUCUGUCUUCAGAAGUUCAAGUUUAUCAGAGUUCUAGUGCUUCAAAUUGCCUAUGUUUCUGAGGAGACCAGGGAGGCAGACAUGUCGGAGAUAUCAAAACUGUGUCUGCUACGGUAUCUCAAGAUUCAUAGCGAAGUGGGGCUGAAGCUGCCUACUCAGAUCCGGGCGCUUCAACAUCUAGAGACACUGGAGAUAGUGACUGAAGUGAACUCAGGCGUUUGCAUGCCAUCAGACAUGUCCCAGCUGCCGUCUCUGUCCUACCUCAACGUCCUGCCACACAUGGCGAGGCUACCGGAUGGCGUUGCCACCAUGAGAUCCCUUCACUCUCUGGCGUUCUUCAUUCUGGAGGAGAGCUCAUUGGACAACGUUCGAGGCCUACAGUGCCUGACCAACCUGAAGGAGCUCUACCUCCGCUGCUCCGGGGACUGCUCCGACGACACAGCGAGGUCAUACAUGGAUGCGCUGCAGUCUUCAGUCUCCGGUCUUGGCUGCAAGCUCUAUCUCACAGCAUGGUUCCCCUCAGCAUGGUACCCUGACGUUCCUCAGUGGGUAAGCCAGCUGAAGAACCUCCACAGCUUGGAGCUUGGCAUUGGUCAAAUGUCGAAGAGAGGUACCUCCAUUCUUGGAGGGCUGCCUGCCCUUGUUCGGCUCGACCUUUGUAUCCGCGGCCCUAGCUUGGACCAAGAACGAGCCGUCUUCUCCGGCGAGGGGUUUCCUGUCCUGAAGCAUCUUAUAUUCACCUGCAAAGCACUCUGCCUGACCUUUCAGCCUGGGGCAUUGCCCAUGCUCAAGAAUCUCAGGCUAGAGUUCAACAUGGAUGGAAUAGGGCUGGCUGCUGACGCCCUCGUCGGCGUCGAGCACCUACGGAACCUCAAGAAAUUGUCUGCCUCCAUUGGGGGCUUCAAGGCCGACGCCAGCAUCCCUGCAGCAGAGAGAGAGGGCGUUGUGUCUGCGGUAAGGAACGCUAUCCAACUGCACCCGAGGUGUCCCCCCAUUGAGGUCACUUGUCGGCAAGGGAGGUUUGGUUAUUGAUUGGCAUGAAACUACUGAUCACACUUGUAUAUACCAAACCUGAUUCCAAUUUUAAAAUAAAUUGUACUAUAUAAAUUACAACAAAGUAUUUAUAAGAGGUAAAUACCA